AUGGAAACCAUGCAUGAGCUGAUCCCCUUUGCCAAAGAAGUGCUCAGCCAGAAGCCCAACAGGAAAAUGGUCAAGCUGUACAUGCUGGGCAGCGUGCUGGCUUUCUUUGGCGUGGUCAUUGGGCUGGUGGAGACGGUGUGCAGUCCUUUCACCUCGGAGGGGAGGCUAGAGGAGGAGGAGGAGAAGAAACCUGCCCCUAUGCAAGAGCAAACGGUUCCCCAGAAACAGGAGGAUUUGAUAGUGGAAAAAAGCAAGAAGCCGGUGGCAGUGCAGAGGGCCCUGGUGACCAGACAGGCUGGCCACUAA